AUGGCUUCUACCGAACAACCGUCGGCACUAUAUGACCAAGAAACAAAGAGAGAAUGUAGACGUAUGGUCAUUGAACACGCGGUGAAAUGUCUCACAACGGAAAGGAAAACAUCCGCCUGUGUGCAACGAGAUCAUGUCAAGCGGGUUUGGCAGCAACUUCACGAAUCUGGUGAGGCCCAACAUUUCUUCACAUCGGAAGAAAGAGAAGAGAUAAGCAAAGAAAUCUCAGGAUGGGAACGUUUUCAUGACAGCCAAAUUCAAGAAAGAAAGCCCUCUGAUCUUCGAGUAUGUUACCUCGGUGGAGACAAUCCCAUCAAUGAUCUGGAGGUCCUUGUUGAAAAUGGCGUCCUCUGUCAGAAUGUCUGGGCCAUUGAAAAAGAUGACAAAACUCUCGAAAAAGCGUGGAAAGCGAUAAACUGUUCAGAUUUGAGAAAUGUUAGACUGUUCAAGGGCGAUAUCCUAACCUUUCUGAAAGAUUUCGAAGGACAGUUCGACAUCAUUUACUAUGACGCGUGCGGAUCGCUUCCAGCGAACCAACAAAACACUUUGAAGGUUAUUGGUCAUGUCUUUCUUUACGACAAACUGUCUUCACCCGGUGCCCUUAUCACCAACUUUUCGUUUCCGCCUAGGCAACCCAAAAAACCUGAGGAUGCUGCAAAUGCCCAGUCUUUUGAUCAAGAAAGAAACAACAUUAACUUCUUAACGCGGAAUUAUUUAACAUACAGGCUGCUUAACACCGUACGUGAUGAUAAUUACCCUGAGUACAAUGAAAAUUUUCUCAACGAAAGGACAGAUGAGGAAAAUUAUAGUGAUUACGUCACUUAUCAAGUGAUAGAUUCAGCCUAUUUGUAUGUUCCUGCAUUUAGAAUGCUUUUAUCAGCAAAAAAGUCAUUGUGGGAUCAAAGUCUUUCGAGCAGAGAUAAUUUUCUUAAAGAAGUGAAAUCCUAUUUCAUGGAAGAUAGUCAAAGCUCGAGCAAAGACAAGGAAGACAUACAUGGUCUGCAAGCAGCAUCAGCAGCCUUGAUACCUUCUUGCAAAUCCACUGCUAAACAAUCAUACUUGCAAAACAUUGGUUCUGUUUUGAAUUCAGAGGAAGCAACGAACAACCCUCUUUGUAAAUCCUGGGUUAAUGAAAUUUUUCCAGACUGGAAAUCAUAUUUUUUAAAGAAGUAUGAUAUUUCAUGGCUACUGUUGACUCCACUGCUAUUUUCAUCUGAGGAGUUCAUUCUCCGUUUUUCAAAUUCUGACUUUCAGCGGAAAUGCCUGGGACCACUAGCGAUGGCUGUUGAUAAUGAACGUGGCAAGUUUCCUAGUUGUUGUGAUGAAGCAACCUAUUCUGCCACAUUAUAUCUAGUAGCUGGCCUUCUUUAUGGCCAGUUGGCUUACCCAUCAUUUCCGGUUUUAGAAAAGCUAUUGCGCCUCCACUACACUGCAAAGGAGAGGCAGAUGUUUACAGAUGUUUUUAUAUUUGACAAAUGUCGAUAUAUCUACGAACAAUUCCCAACUGUUGAUUGUGCAUGCUUUGCCAUAGUUGAACCAAAACAGCAGAUGGUUUUUCGGAUGGCUGUGGAUGGUUUGAGAAAGCAUUUGAAAGCUAUUUGUGAAGAUGUCUUUCAAUUUUGUAAUGUUGCAAGUAUAAAUCAAGUGACAGAAGGUGGGGUUAGUUUUCCAGACAGCUGGUUGUCCUUUCCUAAGAGGAAGAUGGUGCUUCAGGAGAAAGGAAAGAAUUUGGUACAGAAAAGACAGUUCAAGGAAGCAAUUGAAGUGUACGAUAAAUGCCUUGUUGUUUGUCCAAAGAAUGCAGUACUUUUUGCUAAUAAAGCCCAGUGCUAUCUGAAGUUAAAUCAACCACAAGAUGCUGCAGCCAGCUGCAAUGAGGCUCUUAAGUUGGAUCUAGACAGAACCACCUAUGUAAAGGUACUCUACAGAAGAGGUAUGGCAUUCAAAAUGAUGAAAGAGUAUUCCAAGGCUGAACUGGGUCUGAAGAAGGCCUUCAAAAUGGAUAUAGAUGAUGACAAAGACAUAGCAAGACAACUUUCUGAAUGUACAAAACUUGCAGGUAGUUCUACUUGUUCUUAAAACCAGUAAAACAAUAUUUAUUAUUUAAUUUUAACUUAUGAUGCCCAGAAGAAAGAACGUGAGCGUAUUUCUUUGUUCACCUUUGUGUCACAUUGGUGACUUCUCUUAGAGCAGUCUGAGACAGCUCAUCUUCAGUAUGUUUUUUAACAUUUUCACACUUUGAAGCCACCUUAUUUUACAGUUGUAUCAGCUAGUAGUGUUUCUAAUAGAACUGUCACCAAGAUUUACUGCAUUUCUAGCCUGUGCCAGGCUCUCAGAUGGUAUAUUGGGAAAGUAUUAAAACAAGCAAAGAAAAAAUAAGAUGCGCACGACUUGGGAAAGGGGGCGGUGGCGGCGGGAGCAAUGGGAGAGAGAGCCUGUUCGCAUUUCUUUAACGACCCUCUUCCGCCCAUUUUUAUCACGUCUGGAUUCGGCUGUCAAAACUGUUAACACUUCAGUUAGAUACAAUCAUUCUCAAGUUUCUCGCAUGAGCAUUGCACGCGACGCGAACUCCUUGUGCGGUGUGUGGAAAUUUAUGUCUUCGAAUUCGUUAUCCUGUGAGAGCAUCCGUUUUUUUGGCUCUAGUUUAUAGCAAUAAAAGGGAGCGGUAAGUUUUUUCCUCUGUUGGGUAGGUUAUGCUCUGGAAGGUUCUACAUUGUCACUGAGCAAAUGUGACUUUAGCCGCUUGUUUCACACUGAGAGGUCAUGGUACACAUAUCGAUUUACUGUGGUGUUUGUUUCUGGUGGGCAGGAUUUGUCCUCUGAUGAGAGGGCAUUUUCUUUGACCUCUAAUUUGAAGCCCAAAGCUUUUUAUUGCGGCUGAAUAAGGGUUUUGAUUUUCUCCAAAGUGCCUUCUGGAUCUGACUAACUAAGUGAUUUUCUUUAGUCCGUGAAUUGAUGUAAUAUUUUUCUGCAGUGUUGUAUCACGCUGGGCCCAGCUCAUUAGUUUUCUUUGCAGAAUGUUAAAUUAUCAUGGAUAGUGAUUUACAGAUCCAGAAUUAUAAGAAUGAAGUGCAGCUUAAACUUAAGCUACAUCGACUAAGUAGAAUUGCAUAAUUUUUUGUGACUUAGUAAACUCCAGCUUGAUAGUGUUUCUCUGAAAAUAGUGUGAGUCUUUUGACUGGAGUGCUUAGUUUCUCCCUUGGUAAUAGCGGAAUAAGCUUAACAGUCUUUGGACUGUUUUGUUAUUGCCACUUUGUGAUCAACCAGUACUCCGGACUACUGAAAACAAUUUCGCACUUUCCUUCUCUCGCUUUCUUCUCGUCCUCCUUUCCCUCUUCACCAAUGCCAAAUAGCGGCGGCCGAAAAUCCAGGCUUUUUCAGUUGUUCCACUUGGUCUCGCAUUAUAGAUAUCAGCGGCGAGACGACUAUCAUCGUAGAGUUUUCUAGGGUUAGAGCAGCUUUAGCCAAGUGUGGGAAUAGCUGAAAGAUGAAACUUUUGCCGAAACCGGUGGGCAUAAUACCGAAAACAUCUUUGCCACGAGCCAAGUCGCAGACACUCGUCUAAAGCACAAGCAGGCGGAUUCAUGAAGAUCACACGCGCGAUUCGCGUUAGCCAUCUUGGUGAUGGCAAACUGAUGACCACGCUACUAGGUGAUGAUGUUAACUGUCACAAUUGACCAAUCAGAGGGUAUAUCAGGGUCUGCCGCCCUGUCUCUCCGCAGCCCCCGCGCGUUUUUCGCAUUUCUUAUUACUGAACGACUUUCCACCACCAUCUCGGAGCCUGGAACAGGCUACUGCAUUUCCAGUUCUGGAUGAUAACAAUUUUUUCAAAUCAUUGAUCAGUUUCUCUAAGGACAAACCCUCUUUUGGGAAUUCCCUGAUGAAGUUGCAAAAUGCUACUUCUGAAUAUUGAAAGGAAGUAGCAAAAUCACACCUUUCCUUGAAAAUAUCAAUCCACUAAUAGUACCAAAAUAAUAUUCUUUUGAAGAGUGAAGUCAAAAGCUUGAAAUUUUAUGGAGAAUGUAUUACUCCUAGAAAUUUUGGAUUUUGAAUUUCCGAUUGCUGAUACUUUUAAUAAUUAUUAUUGAAUAAUAAUUAUUCACUCAAAAAUGUGAAUGCGACACUUUUAAUUUAAGAAAAUGUGAAGUACUUUUACAUGUAUAUGCAAGGCUUUUGACAGAUGUUUUGCACGCGGGGAAUAAUUUACUAUUACCACGUAGAAAUACUACAGUAUUAUAAUAUUACUUUUUGAGUCUAGAUGUUUUGAUAAAAUCCUUAAACUAUUUUGAUACAUCUAAAUAAUAUUUAUUUUCCACUUAUUUUAUGGUACCAUUAAUACAUGAAAAAAGGACAUAGCCGUCAAUAUUAGCCUGAUUUUGUAGAGCAUAUCAUCGUUGGGUUUCUACUAAAUGAGAGUUUUAUUCAAAAUUCUGUUUUACUCAGCAUCUGGGCAAACAUCCCCCUGUGGUUCUUCACACCAUUCAACAGCUCCAUCCUCAUAUCCAACAUCAGCAUCUACAGCUUUCCCCACAGCCCCAGUACCAGCACCUCCAGAACUAACACAGGUAAUCUACUUUCAAGUACUCUGCUUCUGUCAUGUGGGAAACUGUCCCCUUGGCACUGGAACAAGCGCUGCAAAAAAUUUAACAAGUUUAAGAAACUUUGUGAGGCCCACCUGAUCCCUUGACAAUCAAAUAACAUUGGUUCCGUUUAAUAAUGAAAUGUAUACCUAACUAUCUAAUAAUAACAAUAGUCUUUAAAAAAAUAGUAAUAAUUGUCAGCUUGUAUUAAUUUUGUGUUUGAUGCUGUCGCUGGUGUUGAUGUUGUCGUUGUUUUCAUUUCUUUUCUCCCUUUUUUUUUGGCUAGUUUGUUUUGUCUUGAUUUCUAUUUUGGUUCCGUAUAUCUCUAACGUACCUUUAUACAUGUAAUAUUGUCCCGCACAUUAGUCCUAGGCUCGUCAUUUCUUCAAUUCAUUUUAUUUAAAAGUAGUGGGGGUUACUUAGAAAGCUUUCGCUACUUUGUCCACCACACACAAUAUUCUAUAACCCGUACUUUAGUUACUUUAUUUUGUAAUCAUCUAUUAUAGUAACUAUACGUUUCUUUCUAUGUUAUUCUCUGUAAAUAGUGUGAAGUAAAUGAACCUGAACCUGAACCUGAACCAACCACAUCACUUCCUGUAAGCCUCUCCAGCAUAUCUUCACCUGCAUCAGCAUCUACAAUGGCACCCACAGUACCAUCCCCAGCACCAGCACCAGCACCAGCACCGGCACCUCCAGCCACAAUAUCACCACCAGUGAGCUCCAGCAUUUCAUCAGUACUUGUCCCACCAUAUGCGCCUGGAACAAAUGUUGGGUGCGGCAUCACAGAGUGGUUGUUUCCCGACAAUGUUAGCCAGUCAACGAUCGAUGGCAGAACAAGCAGCAAUGCAUGCACUUUUAUCGCACUUUGUUUUGGUUCCAGUUAUCAACAGUCCAGUUUACCAACACCAGCUGUUGGACAGCCCCUUAGCUUACCGUGGGAAGAAGCUGUAAUAAAAGCAAUCAGGACUGGAAAUCAGAUUUAUGAUGAGUCAAUCGAAGGCAAUGGUAUUUAUAAUGUUGCUGUGGAUGAUGCGGUCAUUGCAUGUCAUGAUCAUGGUCUUGUCGUUGAGAUUUUACAUGAGUACGAUGUGUUUGGUGAGAAUCCUUUAAGUCAGUUUGCUGAAGUGAUAAACUCAAUUCUUCAGCAGAAGCGAUCAUUCCAUGUCUUAGUGGCUAAAGAUAAGAGGGUUGUC